AGGGGCUGAGGGUCGAGGUAUAUAUAUACAUGGGGAAUUUCACCGCCUUAUCUCUCACAGCGUGAUCCCGGCUGCACCAUGAAGCACAGUGUACUGAUUUGGGCAUCUCUACUGGUGGCAGCAGAAUCUGCCCUACUCCAGAGCUAUAGCUUGCCGUCCCAUGGAUCAUCAAGCAUUGGAACAGGGGGCUCCUUCGUUUCCUCUGGUGUAGGAACUGGCGGGGGCUCCUUCAUUUCCUCUGGUGUAGGAACUGGUGGAGGAUCCUUCGAUGCCUCUGGGUUAGGCGCUGGAGGAGGCUUUGUGUCUUCUGGAUUCUCCACUGGUGGAGAUUCAGUGUCUUCCAGCUUCGGCACUGGAGGAGGUUUUACAUCCUCUGGUUUUGGUGCUGGAGGAGGAGGCUCUGUAUCCAGCAGCUUUGGAAGUGGGGAAUCCUUUAGCAGUGGUGGAUCCUUCAGCAGUGGUGGAUCCUUCUCUGGACAUGGUGGCCCCAUCUUUUGUGGCGAUGGACAGGUCGCCCACGCUGGAGGCUGCGUAACUCCUCUAGUGGAACGCAACGUCUUCGUCUACGACGCCCCAGAACAGCCCCGCCCUGUCGGCCCUGCCCCUCACAUCCCACCACCGAAGGUGGAGCACAACAUCGUCUUCGUGCGCCUUCCAGAAGGCGCUGAACCACAGGAUCCUAUUGUGGUUCCUCCACCCCAGCAGAAGAAUGUCGUGUACGUCCUCAACAAAGCAUCUGCAGUCAGUGGACCAAAGGUCAUCCACGUUCCAGCACCACCCAAGAGCAAGCCUGAAGUCUACUUCGUCAAUGUCGGCGACGGUCAGAACCCAACUCUUCCAGGAGGCGUUGACCUUCAGAGUGCCCUCAGCAGUGCUGACCAUCAGGGAGUCGGUCAGGUUAUUGGUAGUGACUUGGGAGGAGUAGAUGUCAGAGGUGGAGGUGGAUUCGAUAGUGGAUUUGGUGGUGGACUCACUGGGGGCGUUUCCGGUGGCGUCGUCAGUGGUGGUGGACUCACUGGGGGCGUUUCCGGUGGCGUCGUCAGUGGUGGUGAUAGCUUUGUUGGGGGUGGUGAUUUUGGAGGCUCUAUUGGAGGUGGUGAUUUUGGAGGCUCUAUCGGAGGUGGAAGCAUUUCCGGAGGUUUGGGAAGCUCUUUUGGAAGUGGCGUUGAUGGUGGAAGCUUUGAAGUGUCCGGUGAAAGCUUCGUUUCUGGAGGCGUUUCAUCCAGUGGUUUAACAGCGCCAAGUGGUCUAUACGGCCCUCCUUGAAUACGCGUGCAUUUCGCUCUUGUUGAAUCAGUCACGCUGGUUGUUCAUGUUUUUAUCUCUUUCGUGUACGACUCGAUUCGACUAUUCGAGAAGAAUGUAUUAAUAUAUUUGAUUCAAGUUAUGUCUAUUUAUCUAAUAAAGUUUCUCAUCUAAA